ACACUCAUUCAAACGCCUUCUACAGUAACAGAUUGCAAUAUUAGACAGAAAUAUAAAACAUGGCUAUGAAAGAAGUGGAUAAAACGCCUGGAGCUGAGACAGCGUUUACGGAUGCUGAUCGAGCUUGUCCAAAAGACCUGCAUUCGGCUAGAGAAAAAGCAAGCAAGGAUAUCAAAGCUCUAGGAGAGGGAGAAGUUAUUGGAAAUUGGAAAGUUGUUCGACCAAUCGAACCAGAACGUUGCUUUAACACGAUCUAUGUAGUGCAACAUGCGAAAAAAGGCUAUCUUGCAGCACUUAAGAUGGAAAAGAAAAAUCCACCAGUACCUAUGCUGAAAUUUGAGCUUUUUAUCUUGCUACACAUGGAACAGAAGUCAAAAACAAAGCAUUUUUGCAGAGUGUUUGAUCGAGGAUCGGAACCCGAAUACAAUUGGAUAGUGAUUACUUUAGCAGGAAGAAACUUUAGAUUCAUUCGCAAAGCUUGCAAAGAUGGUAAGGUAUCAUUGGCUAGCGGUUUGAGUGUUGGAAUCCAAAGCUUGAAAGCGAUAGAAGAAUUACACAAAGUUGGCUUCGUGCAUCGAUCACUCAAUCCGUCAACAUUCGCCAUAGGACGAGUUAUUGACGGUGAUCCGAAGGAUCUGCGCAAUGUUUACAUUCUCGACUUCGGUUUCGCACAUGAAUAUAGACAUCAUGAUGGUAGACACAAACCUCCCCGAUCUAACCCAUCCAAGUACAUCGGAAGCGCAAGAUAUGCACCGCGAAAUGCUUAUUUGAACAGAGAGCUAAGUCGAAUGGACGAUUUGGAAAUGUGGUUGUAUGUAGUGGUUGAGCUGGUGAAAGGAGCUUUACCAUGGGUAGCGCAAAGGAAAGCCAAAGAUAUUUUCGAUUACCAAAAGUCAGUGCGAACAGGAUUGGGAUUACGCGAAUUUCUUGGAGGUUUACCCGUCGAGUUCGUGGAUAUCAUGAAGGAAGUGGAUAAACUAUCCUAUUCUGAUGAACCGCGUUAUAACGAGAUCUAUGGGCUUAUGAAAAAUGCUAUCCAAAUGAGCGGGCAGCAGGAAUUCCCAUACGAUUGGGAAGAGGGAGAGAUUGAAGCUGAAAAAGCCGGAGAAGGUCCUGGUGCCCCCUUGAAAAAAGAAGAACCAGCACAAACUCCUGCAACAGCGCCAACACCGGUAACACCUACACCUGCAAAAGCUGGGAAAUAG